CGUCGUCCGGUGCUGCGAAGGCCGCGGCGCGUUUAGUCGUGGCCAGAGCGCGUUUAUGGCCUCCACUGGUCCCGGCGGCGAGUCUCCGAGCCAAAUCUCGCCCUUCCCGUCGCCUCCAUUUGACCCGGGGUACUCGAGCCAGGAGUCGGAAGCCUUUGCCCUCAGUGGCGGUUUCCCUCCCGACGGAGGCUUGCCGCCAGAAUCGCAGCCGGCGCCGGAGCCGCAGCCAGACGGCGGUUUGCCGCCAGAGUCGCAGCCAGCGCCGCCGCCGCCGCGGCCGGAGCCGCCAGAGGAGGAGCGGCCGGAGCAGCCAGAGCGGCCAGAAUGGGAGGCGCCGGCGCUCCCGGAGCCUGCGCCGCCGAUGACGCCGCCAGUGGCUCCGGCGCCAGCCGAGGCGACCGUGCAGCCGGCCGUGCAGGCGCCCGAUGCAGCGGCCCCGAGCGGCGCCGUCGCGACGGCGGCGGAGGAGGGCGCUGCGGCCGCGGCCACGGUGCUGCUCGCGCCGCCGCCCGAGGACGCGGCCACGCCGCGUGUGCGGGAGCGGCUGCAGCGCGCGCGCUCCGCCCGCGACGGCCUGCGGCUGGAGGGGCGGGGAGGGGGCGCGGCGGGCGCGGCGGGCGCGGCGGGCGCGGCGGGCGCGGCGGCGCGCUGCUCGUGCGCAUGCGAGUCACUCUCGCUGGCGGUCGCAGGCGCGCCGCACCGCCGCUCCGGCUCGGUCGGGGCGCCAGCUUUGCGCGCCGGGGCGGCUGGCGCGGCGCCGUGGGGUGGCGCGGCCGAGCAGGCGCGGCAGCAGAGCUCCGCCUCCGACGAGGACGACGGGGAGGCGCUGCUGCCCUCGUCGUGCAGCGCGCGCAAGGCUGGCGGGCGGCACCGGCGGAACCCGUCGGGCGGGGCCGAGGUCGCGCACUCGCUCGCCGCCUCCCUCGCCGCUGUCUCCGAGCGGUCCGCUCCGCCCCGGCUCGAGGCGGAGGAGUCUGCGGGGCUGCUAUCGUCGACGGGCCUCGAGUUGGCGGGGCUGGCCGCGGCGCCGUACGGCGGCGAGCACGGCUUGCGCAGCGGCGGAGAGGAGGCGACAUCCCUGGCGGCGGCAGGCGGGCAGGGCGACGACGAGGACGAGGAUGACCGCGGCUCCUCCUUCUUCUUCGCGGCGCCGCUCCUGCACGGCGCAGAGCGGGCCCCUGCCCCGCCGGCAGUGCGGCCAGCCUCCGCCACGGCCGGAGGCGGCAGCGGCGGCAGCAGCGGCGGGGGCGGCAGCAGCGGCGGGGGCGGCAGCAGCGGCGGGGGCGGCAGCAGCGGCGGGGGCGGCAGCAGCGGCGGGGGCGGCAGCAGCGGCGGGGGCGGCGGCGGCAGUAGCAGCGGUGGGGGGAGCGGCGGCAGUAGCAGCAGCAGUCGCGGCGGCGGCGGCGACAGCGGCGAGUCGCCGACGGCUGUUCGCGCCGAUGCCGUGGCGGGCAGCUCCGGCGGCGGCGCUCCGGCGAGCGCGGCGCCGGCGCCGGUGCGCACGUCGUCGGUGGUCCAGCCGGUCGCGUCGUACGACCAGGAGCUGCUCGUGGCGGUGCGAAAGUUCAACCUCAAGCCGCGCGACGGCGUUCAGUACCUGCAGCUGCGCGGUUUCCUGUCUGCGGAGCCGGGUGACAUCGCGGCCUUCCUCCACGAAACGAAGGGCCUCUCGAAGCGAAAGCUCGGCGACUACCUCGGCGAGCGCGGCGAGCGGCACGCCGAGCUCCUCUCGGCGUACGUGCGCCGCUUCGACUUUGCCGGCCUCUCCUUUGUCGGGGCGAUCCGCGCCUUCCUCUCCCCCUUCCGGCUGCCGGGCGAGGCGCAAAAGAUCGACCGCAUCAUGUGCGAGUUCGCCGCCCCGGGUGUCUUUUCGUCGGCGGACACGGCGUACGUGCUCGGCUUCUCGGUCAUCAUGCUCAACACGGACGCGCACUCGGUGCAGAUCAAGGCCAAGAACCGGAUGAGCAAGGCGGACUUCGUGCGCAACAACCGCGGCAUCGACUCGGGCGCCGACCUGCCCGCGGAGCUGCUGUCGGCCGUGUACGACGACAUCCAGACGGACGAGAUCCGGACGGGCAUGUCGCACGACGACAUGGGCGAGGCAGAGCUGCUCGAGUUCUUCCGGCAGGGCUCCACCUUCCGCAAGUUCAACCACGCGCGGCUCGCCGCCGACCGGCACCACUCGUGCCGCCUCUGGGUCGUCGCGGACGAGCUGCGCUACCAGAACCUCGCCGCGCGCGGCAAGAAGGAGAAGGCGAUCCCGCUCGGCCUCAUCGAGACCGUGCUGCUCGGACCGGCGAGCGAGGUCUUCCGCCGCAACGGCGUCCGCGCCGAGUCGUCGGACGGCGCCGCCUGCUUCUCGCUCGUGUGUGGCGGCCGCACGCUCGACCUGCAGGCGCUCACGCCCGAGGAGUAUGGCAUCUGGACGCACUACUUCCAGCAGGUGGUCGAGCGGACCAAGCUCGAGCAGCACGCGCGCCGCGUCGCGCUGCGCGGCCAGCCACGCGAGGCCUUCGUCGAGAGCGCGACGUCCGUCUGGUGGUGCGAGAUCCUCCCCAACUGGGAGUCUGCAAGCCUCGAGCCGCGCACGCAGCUGCUCUGGUGGGAGGGGGCGCCGAGCGCGGUGCGCGCGCAGCUGUGGCGGAUCGCGAUCGGCGAGGCGGCGGCGGGGAGGGCGGGCUACGAGGCGGCGGUGGCGGAGACGCGCCCCGUCGACCGCGUGGCGGCGCUCGACCGGAUACAGAGCGCGCUCGCCCGCCCCGCCGCCGCCGCCGGCUCGGCGUCGCCCGUCGAGCGGCCGUGGGCGGGUGCGCCGCCAGAGUUCAACCUCUUCACCAACAGCGCGUCGCCGAUGCACGCGAAGCUCGUCUCGCUGCUCGCCGCGCUCGAGGCGGGCGCGCGCAUCGGCGCGCCGCCGCUGCGCCGCCACGCGGCUCUGCUCUGCGCGGCGCUGCUGCUCUACCUCGAGCCGCCGUCCGCGCACGGCUGCAUGUGCACGCUGCUCGGGAGGCACUUCCUCGCGCACGUGGAGGAGGGGUCGCCGCAGCUGGCGUGGCGGCUGCGCGCCACUCGCUCGUGCCUCAAGCGCGAGCUGCCCGAGACGCUCGAGCACUUGGGCUCGCUCGGCGUCGGGCUCGACGACUUUGUGUGCGACUGGCUCUCGUCGCUCUUCCUCUCCACCCUCGCGCUCGACACGGCGGCGAGGGUCUGGGACUGCUACUUGCGCGACGGCGAGGCGCUGCUCUGGCACGUCGCCGUCGAGCUGCUCCGGCUGCUCGAGCCGCGGCUGCUGCAGGCUCUCUCCCGCGACGAGGCCCUCUCGCUGCUGCACCACGCGUCCGAGUUGGGCGGCGCGGGCGAGCGGCAGCUCUUCGGCGCCCUCGCCGCCAGCGAGGGGACGGCCCACGAGAUGCUGCGCCUCGAUUUCUCGCAGCGGUUGCCGAUGCCGACCCUUGCGUCGGGCGGCGUGGUCUUCGACUUGUGGACAAACUCAUACGAGGCCGAGUUGGGCGCCGGCGCCGCCGCCGCGCCGCGCGCGUACGAGCGCGCCGCGUCGGGCUUGCGGAUGGCGGACGGAACCCGGGCGCGGAGGCUGCUGUCGGAGGAGUCGAGCGCGCCGGAAGUGCCGCCGCUGGCCGCCCUCUCGAGCGACGCGUCUGCGAGCUCGAGCGCGGGUGCGCACGUGUCGCCGUCGAAGCGGCUGCUGCGGCCGCUCGAGACGUGGAUUCGCGGCGUGUGGGAGGGUGGCUAGGGCGAGCGGUCCGUCGCCUGGGCGAGCGGGCCAAGCACACCGCGACCAGCCCCGCCGUAUUUCGCAUUUUUCAGCUCUGCCCCUCUGCGUUCUGUGGACACCCCGUUGUGGCUUUGCCCCUUCGUUCGGCUUUGCCCUUGUGCCGCCCUGUGCCACC